AUGGAUCUUGCAACCUUGUUCGGCAAGCUCCAAGAGUAUGAAAUAGAGCUAACUCGAAUAACCUUGAAGGAACAAACCAUCAAGAAAAGCAAGGGAAUUGCCUUGAAAGCCUCAACACCAAGCAAAAAGAAGGAUGAGGAAAAAGAAGAUGGAGAUUCCGAAAAUGGUCUUGACGAAGAUGAGAUGAGUCUCUUCGUAAAGAAGUAUGGAAAAUUUUAUAAGAAGAAUUUUUCAAAGAAAUCUGCAUUUUCUCCUAGAAGAAGAUCUAAAGAUGAAGGAUCCUCACAAUUUACCAUCACUUGCUUUGAAUGUGGAAAAACCGGUCACUACAAAUCGGAUUGUCCAAAUAUUCAAAAGAAAGACGAAUAUGAAAAGAAGCAAGGCAAGGAUAGAAGGAACUUCAAGAAGGCUUAUCUUGCUUGGGAUAAUGAAUCUAGUUCUUCUGAUGAUGAUUCCAUGGAAGAAGCAAAUCUAUGCUUCAUGCAAGAUGGAAGACCACCGGAGAAAUCAAGCAAAGGAACUCAACAUAUAUGUCUAAUGGCAAAUGAGGACAAAAAUGAAUCCGAAACCGAGGUAAACUCAUCUUGCUCUACUCUUUCCCCUUCAUAUGAUGAGUUGUCUGACAUGUUUGAAGAAAUGCAUAAUGAAACACUAAUACAUGUUAAAGCUCUUAGAGCAUCAAGAAAAACUAUUAAUUCUUUGGAAAAACAAAUUGCAUCUUUAGAAAAGGAAGUAAAAGAGUUGAAGGAUGAAAAUGAAACUCUCAAAUUACUUGAUGCUAGCAUUGGUUGUAUUAAAUGCCUAUCUUCAAAUGAUCAUGCAUCUUCAUCAUCAUGUCAUAGUGCAUCCACUUGUAAAGUUAGAAAGAAUGGUAUUGUUGGGCAAAAGAAAGUGUGGGUUUGUUUGAAGGCUAAAAGCUCCAAGUGGUACUUGGAUAGUGGUUGCUCAAGUCACAUGACGGGAGAAGUAACUAAGUUCCAAUCAUUCACCAAGAAAGAGCAUGGACAUGUUUCCUAUGGAGAUAACAACAAAGGAAAGAUCCUCGGUAUUGGAAAAGUUGGUCUUUUAACUGGAAGUCAAUUACCCUUGUCUUUGCAUAAGGCUGACCUUCAACAGCAUGCUCUUUGA